AUUACUCCCUACAAUGCAAAUGGCGCAAGGGACGAAAUUAUAAUGUGAAUUUUCCGUAAUAAAUGUAUAGUAAAAAAGUUUGAGGUGUUUUUAAAUUUUGUGAAAGCUAAAACUUACUGUGUUUUAAAACAUUACUAUAGUUUUUACUCUAUUGUAAAUACUAAUCAAGUUGGAAAGAAUGAAUCCACAACAGGAUAGUGGAGAGCCUCCUAGCAAGAAACAAAGGUCAGACAGUGCAGAUGAUCCACUGGUGAAACAUGACCCAGUUGCCAUGGCAACAACUGCACUGACUUUACAAACAGUUCCAAGUACUCUACCAACAGUAGACUUAAAUGACCCACUAGGAAAAGGAAAAGCGUUACCAAGAGCAACUGUUGCUAUAACAACAGGAAAUGUUAGACCCAGUCUUCAGUCACAUACACAGGCUGUGACAAGUGACAUAGUUAUGAAGACACAACCUGUUCAAAGUGCCCGAAUAUCCAUUACCAAUCCCCAGUUUAUAACCACUCAACAAUAUAUUCCAAUACAGCAGACAUCAGAUGGUACAUUUACGUUUCAGCUUACUCCAGGUUCUUAUGGUAGCCAGCCAAAGUCUCCAGUCACCCCUCCAACAAGUAUGACCUUGACCUCUGCUGGGGCACCAAGAUAUCCUUCCCCUCAGAUCAUUACACUCCCUAGCAGAACAACUGUUGCAAAUACUACAAGUGCAAAACCAGUCAAGCCCACUUUGACAGUAGUGGAUGCCAGGAACCAGCAACCAGUCCAAAGGGUGAUACAGUCUGAUGGUGGUAAACCAGUGGAACCAGUCAAAUUAGGGCCUGGGCAAACACAGAUAAGUUUCCAAGUUCCACUUAAUUGGAAUACACAAGGAUCUAAAUCUUUACUAGACAAUUCAAAAACUGUAUCAUUAGUGCCAUUAAACCCUUCAGAACCAAACUCACGUUCAUUGUUGCAAGGGAAUGAGACAAUGACGUCACAGAGUGGUGUUGCAAAUAUAACUGUUCCAAAAGUUACUCUCUCUGGGGUGCCUAAUACAGCACCUAAAACAUACAUUACUGGAAAUAAAGUUUUUGGAAAUUUAGGCACUGGUCAAGUGAUUACACAAACAACAACUGGAUUAAUAGCAGUUACAAAACCUGGUCAAACAGCAUCCAUCGCCCGAAUUCCAAAAGGUUCUUUCAUGAUCAGCAACAAACAGUAUACAAUAGUUCCAUCAAGUACUGCCCCUGUUGUAACCCAACUUGUGAAAACUGAAAAAUUAAGUAAAGGUAAAGUCACCAUGGCUGAAGCUCAGAUAAUGUUACCCACUGGACCAGCUAAGAUUUCAUGGCCAUUACAGACGCAAACUUGCUCUUCUGACAGUAAACACAUCUUGAUAACAACUCCUGGACAAGCAUUGGCUGGAAAAACAGCAAUUCCUAAAACUCAUUUGGUUGUCACAACAAGUGAUUCUAAUAUCAAAGUCUCCAACAUUUCACCAGCAGUCCCAACAGCUAAAGUUGUAGAAGUUGGAUCACCUAAUAAAGUUGCCAUGGCAACAGGAAUUCAAGCUGUUGGGCAGAAAAUGAAUGCACCUACCACCAAAACAAGCAUAAUACCAGCCCAGAAGAACUGGGAGUUAGUAAAACAAAGUUCUCAAUUGUUGCCAGGUAACUCAUCAAAAUCUCCUUCUCCUGUUGUUGGAAACAAAAAUGGUAGUAAAGUUGAAGAUAAAGUUCAUAAGGAUACAGUUACUGAUGUUAAACAAGCAAAUGAUAAACAUGUAAAAACUGAUGUUGAAACAAAAGGAAAAACAAUGGAAAAUAAAGAGAAAAAUGUUAAUAAAGGAAGAAAUGAAAUGGAUAAUAGUGGUUUGUCAAAGAAACAAGUAUCAAGGAGUGAUUCAAGCAAUGGAAUAGAAUCAAAGGAAUUUAAGGAAGGAAUUGAAACCACUCAGAAUGACAACAGUAAUGACAGUGUAGAAAUAAAACUGGAGAAUGUGAAAGAUAACUCUGAAAAGAUGGAUGUUGAUGAUGUAAAUAUGGAAUCUGUUAAAGAAGAGGCCGAUCAAGGGGAAAGAAAAGAUAAAAAGGAAGAUUUUAAUCCUAUGGAUGCUAUGAUAUGGAAUAAUGGUAUAGGGGAAUUACCAGGCAGUAAUUUAAAGUUCCAUUUGAAUGAUCUCGGUAUUCUUGAAGUUUUGAAUGAUGACCUUGAAUGUAAUGAGACCUUGAAUACAAGUGAUGAGUUAGAUCAUAUAGAGACUACAAAUGACACAGAGAAAGAACCCAAACAAGAAAAGAAGACAGAAAAGCUAGAGCCGGGAAGUAAGCAGGGUAAAAUGCUAAGAACCUCUAAAGAAGUAAGCAACAAGGAUGAGAUAAGUCAGUGUGAAAAUUGUGCCGAAUACGGUUUCACAACAGACUUUUAUAAAGAUGGCCGCUUUUGCAGUCAGACAUGUAUUCGAGCUUUCGAAAGCAAACAUAUGAGGGAAGUGAAAAAGCAAGGAACUAUGUCAAAGAUGAUACUUAACAUGAAAAAAGGGAAGAAAAAGUUGCUGUUAAAAGAUGGCGUACCCAAAGAUAGAGAUGUCAAAGCUGAUCCUCCUACUCCAGGCAAGAAAUCCAAAGCGUUUGUUUGGACAAGAUAUCUUGAACAGGAAAAAGCUGUAGAAGCCCCAGCAAGACUUUUUAAAAAUCCAUUCCCCUCGGUGAAAAAUAAUUUCCGUAUUGGAAUGAAAUUGGAAGGUGUCGACCCAAUGCACCAAUCAAAGUUCUGUGUUCUCAGUGUAGCGGAGGUCAGUGGGUACAGAGUGAGGCUACAUUUUGAUGGUUAUUCUGAAUGCUUUGAUUUCUGGUUAGAUAUUGACUCUCCUUUUAUAUUUCCUGUCGGAUUUUGUGAAAAACUUGGGAAAACUCUCCAGCCACCUAAAGGAUUCAGUGUGGAUGAGUUCUCAUGGACAUCUUACUUGAAGUUAACCAAGGGUGUACCAGCACCAAAAUCUCUUUUCUCAAAUCAGCCAGUUCAGUCUGUAACCCCAAACUUGUUCCGUGUUGGUAGCAAGCUGGAAGCUGUAGACAAGAAGAAUUCCUCAUUGAUAUGCGUGGCGAGUGUAGCAGAUACUCUCGGUGACAAAGUUCUGAUACAUUUUGACAGCUGGGAAGAUAACUACGACUACUGGUGUGAUAUGACAUCACCAUUUAUACAUCCAAUCGGAUACUGUGAGGAGACUGAACUAGUACUGUCACCACCUCUAGAUUGGAAAGAUGUAACUUUGUUCUCGUGGGAAAAGUUCCUUAAUAAAACAAAAUCACAGCAAGUGCCUGCAAGGGCCUUUAAACCUGUAAGUGACCGAGGUCUUCCUCCACCAGUAAAGCUGGAAAUAGUAGAAAAACAAACCCCUCUGGUCAGGGUGACAAUAGAGGAAGUAGAAAAUUACAUGGUUAAAAUCCACUUUGACGGCUGGUCCGACAUCUACGAUUACUGGUUAGAAGACGAUUCCCCCGACCUUCAUCCUCCGGGUUGGUGCGCCAAGACCGGUCAUCCUCUUGUACCACCUAUUACUCCCUCAGAUUUAGUGGUAACAACCGGACCUGGUGUUUGCCCUACCCCAGGCUGUAAAGGGAUUGGACACAUUAAAGGUCCAAAAUAUUCCGGUCAUCACAGUACAUUUGGCUGCCCAUACUCAGACAUCAACAUGAACAAGGAGUCGGUUCUCGGUGACAGAUUGAACUCUGUAGCUAUCAGGCCUGAGGAUACGGUAUCCAGGCAUUAUGAUGAACACAGAACAUCGCCAGAUUCUAAAAAACACACAGAUUCUGGACAACAUGGUGAUAUCCCAAAGAAACUUGGAAGAGGAAGAAAACCAAAGAGUUAUUAUGUAGCCUUAGAAGAACAGAAAGUGGCAAGAGAAAAAGAGAGAUUAGAGAAAGAAGAAACAUUAAGACAAGGAAUCCAUAAUUCGGUGUUCUCAUCUUCCAUGAUCUCAACACCUAAACCAGAUGUGCCAUUAUGUUGGGAACAACAUUGUAAAUUGUUGCCAGGGGUAACCAGUAUCCGUGGCAACGAUGUUAACAAGUGGACCAUAGAUCAAGUGGCAGCUUUUAUAAAUACUCUCCCAGGGUGUGAAGAGCAGGCAAAACUUUUCAAAGAGGAGCAAAUAGAUGGAGAGGCAUUCCUGUUGUUAACUCAGUCAGAUAUUGUGAAAAUAAUGAACAUUAAACUUGGCCCUGCAUUAAAAAUAUUCAACAGUAUCGUCAUGUUCAAGAACUCAAUAGAAGUAUAGCACUCAAACUUUGUCAUGGACUUGUCAGACGUAAUGGAAAUUUGUAUCAUCAUGUCUAUUUUUAGAUACAAUUAUAAUACAAUAUUUGAUGUGAAACAAGACAAGCUUAAACCAAAAUAAAAUAGUCUUUAUUUUUUUUAAUUUUAAUUAAUGGAAGAAAUUAAUUUUUUAUUAAAUGGCAGGUGCAGAUAGAGUUUUCAUGAUUUUUUUUUAUGCCCCCGCCAUGUAAUGGCCGGGGCAUAUAGUGUUACCCUGUUCCGUCAUUCCGUCCUUCCGUCCUUCCGUCCUUCCAUCCUUCCGUCCUUCCGUCCUUCCGUCAUUCUGUCAUUCCGUCAUCAUCAGUUUCCGUUCAUUAUAUUAAGAACGGUUGGACAUAUUCAACUCAAAUUUGACAUAUAAAUAUGUCAUGAGAAAAUACAGGUCAAGUUUGAAUUUGGUCAUGGUUCGAUGAUUUUUGGCACAGUUAUGCCCCUUUUACUUUGAAAAUAAUAUGAAAUUUCAGUUUCCGUUCAUUAUCUUAAGAACAGUUGGACACAUUCAAUUCAAACUUGACAUAUGGAUAUGUCAUGAGAAAAUACAGGUCAAGUUUGAAUUUGGUUAUGGUUCGAUGAUUUUUGGCAGAGUUAUGCCCCUUUUACUUUGAAAAAAAUAUGAAAUUUUCAGUUUCCGUUCAUUAUCUCCCCAAUGGUACAACACAAUCAACUCAAACUUGACAUAUUGAUAUGUCAUGAAAAAAUACAGGUCAAGUUCGAAUUUGGUCAUGGUUCGAUGAUUUUUGGCAGAGUUAUGCCCCUUUAACUUUGAAAAUAAUAUGAAAUUUUCAGUUUCCAUUCAUUAUCUCCCUCAAGGUACAACACAUUCAACUCAAAUGUGACAUAUGGAUGCGUCAAAGGAAUGUGCAGGUCAAGUUCAAAUUUGGUCAUGGUUC